AUGGAAAGAAGCCUAUUUCAAUCGAUAAUUGAUACAUUACGACGGCACGAAGUCGUUUGGGAUGCUAUGGGUAAAUCAGAACAAGUGCUUGAUGCACUUAUGAAAAAGUCGCAAUUAACCGUAUCGCGUCAUUAUACUCGUUUUGAAGCUGAAGCCUGCAUUAGUAUAAAACAAUUUUUGGGCCGUGUCAAAGCUUUGAAUACAGAUCCACGUUUGUUUCAGUCAGAUGUCGAUGGAUUAUAUAAAAUAUUCGAAUCACAUAUAAACAUAAUUAUUGAAUACACUCGUAAUUACACUGAUGAAAAUUCCACAGAGGCACGUUUAGUUGAAAAAUCAAUGAAUCAAAAACAAUUGGAUUCAAAAGAAACAAUCGAAUGCAAGAAUUUGGUGAGACUAUUGAGAUUAUUACUUUUACAAGAUGGUGAUAAUCAUUCUAUCAAGUUACCGUUGAGCACGAUGGAAAUUCAAGUGCUAAAAUCUUAUUGCGAAGAGUUAUCUCAUAAGAACGAAUUUAUUGAAAUAAUCUCUGCUGUUUUCCAAAAACUUGCUAUUAUUGAACAUUUUAUUGACUCUAAGGAUCCGAUUGUGAAUGAUCUUAUACAAUUAAGAGUCCACUUUUCUAGGAUCGAGUGGUUCAGACAAUUAUGCAUAAUUAAUACUGAAAGCGUAUACGACCGUUUUGUGAAAGGAAAGAAAUUAUCAAAUAAUAAGGAAGUAGAAAAGCGGAUUCUCAAUAUUAUCCAAGCUGCAUUAAGGGAUGAUAAAUUUUGGUUAUGCAUGGAUCAAAUUAUGUUAAUUGAUUCUGAUGACAUAACUCCCAACUUUAGCGAAUUGCCAAAAGUUGAAAGUUUAAAAAAUGCGGUUAUUAAUUGGCUCUGGGAUGAAAUAAUAUUAAAAAAAGAAAUCGAUUGUGGUUUUUUGAGUAAAAUGAUUAAAGGGAUAAGGGAGGAUGUUAGUAUUGAGUUAUUUGAAAAAGGACUUUGCAUAUUAAAAAAAUGUACAGAGUUAGUUUCCGGAAUCGAAGAAAUUUUUAGAUCAUUAUUGCACCCACUUAAUGCCUGGUUCGAUAAAAAGUUAAGCUUUUGCGAUGCUUUGCUAAAUCAAAUUAAGAAAAUUCAAGAAGAUUUUCCGAAUGAUCCCAAUUCUAUGCAGCUUCAAUUUGAAAAUCAGGACAAUGUUUAUGUGUCCAGGUGA